AUGAUAAAAGGAAAAUGGGAGAGAGUUCAAACCCCUUGGAUCUGGGAGAACUUCACGAGGGAAUUUAAUGAAAAGUUUCUUUCACCCUUGAUUCAAGAAAAGAGAGAGGAUGAAUUUAUUAAGUUGAAACAAGAAGCCCUUAGUGUGGCAGAGUAUAAGGGAAAAUUCACUAAACUUUCUAAAUACGCUCCUGAACUAGUAGUCAAUGAACGGAAGAGGAUUAGAAGGUUUGUACAGGGGCUUAAUAUGAAAAUUCAGGAGGGUUUGGCUGCAACCCAAAUUUCUACUUUUACUGAGACUUUAGAGAAGGCACAAAGGAUUGAAAGUGCAAGACUGCAAGUGAGGGACUUUCACAAUAGAAAGAGGAAUUUUUCUAGCUCUGCGUCUGGGCAGGCUAGUAAAAGUGCACAACCUUCCAAGAUGGGAAGAGGAGUAGGAGGAAUAAGGACCACUGGAGUUUCUAGGGGAACUUUAUCCAGAGGAGGUCGCAAUGGACCGGCUCAGGCUAGAGGAGCGCCUUCUACUGGUUCGACUGUGACUCCUCAAGUUAUUUGUGAAUACUGUGGUAAAUCCAACCACUCUGAAAAUGACUGCUGGAGGAAAUUGGAGAAAUGUUUGUUUUGUGGUAAUGCUGAACAUCAAGUCGCCAACUGUCCGAAAUCACCAAAAAUAGGAGGUAACCCUCAGAGACUAGAAAAGUCAAACUCUAAGCAGGCCAGUGUCGGAGGAAGUCAACCGAAAGUACCAAUUAGGGUUUAUGCACUGGAUUAUCAACAAAUCCCUGAAGUGACUGAAGUGGUUGAAGGUACAAUUCCAAUCUUUCAUCGUUUAGCUAGAGUUUUAAUUGACCCGGGUGCAACACAUUCUUUUAUAAACCCUAAUUUCAUGAUUGGGAUAGAAUUGAAAUCAGUUAAAUUACCGUAUGAUUUGGAGGUUAAAUCACCUAUUGGAGAUCAAAGUUUAAUUGCUAACCUGAUAUAUAGAGACUGUGAAGUCUGUGUUGGGGAGCGAAAAUUAUUGGCCGACCUGAUAAAUUUAGCAAAUAAGGGAUAUGAUGUGAUUUUAGGAAUGAAUUGGCUAGCCCGUUAUAAUGCCUAG